UUCUUUAUUAGCUUGAUAGAUCAUUUUCUCUCGCUCUUUUUUUUUUUUUAAUACUAGCAACUUUUCAUCCUUUGAAACGUGUGCUGAAAAAGAAGAAUCAGCAAAUACUACUGAAAGUGCAAUAAUAUUUGAUUAUCACUGUGAGAUGAGCUUUGAUCCAAACCUUCUCCACAACAAUGGACACAAUGGGUACCCCAAUGGUACUUCAGCAGCACUGCGUGAAACAGGGGUUAUCGAAAAGCUGCUGACCUCUUACGGAUUUAUUCAGUGUUCAGAACGUCAAGCUAGACUUUUCUUCCACUGUUCACAGUAUAAUGGCAACCUGCAGGACUUAAAAGUAGGAGAUGAUGUUGAAUUUGAAGUGUCAUCUGACCGGCGGACCGGGAAACCCAUUGCUGUUAAACUGGUGAAGAUAAAACCAGAAAUCCUCCCUGAAGAACGAAUUAAUGGACAAGUUGUGUGCGCUGUUCCUCACAACUUAGAGAGUAAAUCUCCAGAUGCCCCGGGUCAGAGUCCAACAGGGAGUGUAUGCUACGAACGUAAUGGGGAAGUGUUUUAUCUGACUUACACCCCUGAAGAUGUCGAAGGAAACGUUCAGCUGGAAACCGGAGAUAAAAUAAACUUUGUAAUUGAUAACAAUAAGCAUACUGGUGCUGUAAGUGCUCGUAACAUCAUGCUGUUGAAAAAGAAACAAGCCCGCUGUCAGGGAGUAGUUUGUGCCAUGAAGGAGGCGUUUGGCUUCAUUGAAAGAGGUGAUGUUGUAAAAGAGAUAUUCUUUCACUAUAGUGAAUUUAAGGGUGACCUAGAAACCUUACAGCCUGGAGAUGACGUGGAGUUCACAAUCAAGGACAGAAAUGGUAAAGAAGUUGCAACAGAUGUCAGACUAUUGCCUCAAGGAACAGUCAUUUUUGAAGAUAUCAGCAUUGAACAUUUUGAAGGAACUGUAACCAAAGUGAUCCCAAAAGUACCCAGUAAAAACCAGAAUGACCCAUUGCCAGGAAGCAUCAAAGUUGACUUUGUGAUUCCUAAAGAACUUCCUUUUGGAGACAAAGAUACAAAAUCCAAGGUGACCCUGCUGGAAGGUGACCAUGUCAGGUUUAAUAUUUCAACAGACCGACGUGACAAACUAGAACGAGCAACCAACAUAGAAGUUCUAUCAAAUACAUUUCAGUUCACUAAUGAAGCCAGAGAAAUGGGUGUGAUUGCUGCCAUGAGAGAUAGUUUUGGUUUCAUCAAGUGUGUGGAUCGUGAUGCUCGCAUGUUCUUCCACUUCAGUGAAAUUCUUGAUGGGAACCAGCUCCAUAUUGCAGAUGAAGUAGAGUUUACUGUGGUUCCUGAUAUGCUCUCUGCCCAAAGAAAUCAUGCUAUUAGGAUUAAAAAACUUCCCAAGGGCACGGUUUCAUUCCAUUCCCAUUCAGAUCAUCGUUUCCUGGGCACUGUAGAAAAAGAAGCCACUUUUUCCAAUCCCAAAACCACUAGCCCAAAUAAAGGCAAAGAGAAGGAGGCUGAGGAUGGCAUUAUUGCUUAUGAUGAUUGUGGGGUAAAAUUGACUGUUGCUUUUCAAGCCAAGGAUGUGGAAGGAUCUACUUCUCCUCAAAUAGGAGAUAAGGUUGAAUUUAGUAUUAGUGACAAACAGAGGCCUGGGCAGCAGAUUGCAACUUGUGUGCGACUUUUAGGUCGUACUUCCAAUUCCAAGAGGCUCUUGGGUUAUGUGGCAACUCUGAAGGAUAAUUUUGGAUUUAUUGAAACAGCUAAUCAUGAUAAGGAAAUCUUUUUCCAUUACAGUGAGUUCUCAGGUGAUGCUGAUAGCCUGGAACUGGGGGACAUGGUGGAGUACAGCUUGUCCAAAGGCAAAGGCAACAAAGUCAGUGCAGAAAAAGUGAACAAAACACAUUCAGUGAAUGGCAUUACUGAGGAAGCUGAUCCCACCAUCUACUCUGGUAAAGUCAUUCGCCCCCUGAGGAGUGUUGAUCCAACACAAACUGAGUACCAAGGAAUGAUUGAGAUCGUGGAGGAGGGGGAUAUGAAAGGCAAAGUCUACCCAUUUGGCAUAGUUGGGAUGGCCAACAAAGGGGAUUGCCUGCAGAAAGGGGAGAGUGUUAAGUUCCAAUUGUGUGUCCUGGGCCAAAAUGCACAGACUAUGGCCUAUAACAUCACACCCCUGCGUAGGGCCACAGUGGAGUGUGUGAAAGAUCAGUUUGGCUUCAUUAACUACGAAGUAGGAGAUAGAAAGAAGCUGUUUUUCCAUGUGAAAGAAGUUCAGGAUGGCAUUGAGCUACAGGCAGGAGAUGAGGUGGAAUUCUCAGUGAUUCUUAAUCAGCGCACUGGCAAGUGCAGCGCCUGUAAUGUUUGGCGAGUCUGUGAGGACCCAAAGGCUGUUGCAGCUCCAAGACCUGAUCAGUUGGUCAAUCGCUUGAAGAGCAUCACCCUGGAUGAUGCCAGUGCUCCUCGCCUAAUGGUUCUUCGUCAGCCAAGGGGACCAGAUAACUCAAUGGGAUUUGGUGCAGAAAGAAAGAUCCGUCAAGCUGGUGUCAUUGACUAACCACAUCCACAAAGCACAUCAUUAAUCCACUAUGAUCAAGUUGGGGGGAUUCUGGUGAAGGGUUCUGAAUAUCUCCCUCUUCAUCCCUCCCCAAAUCUGGAAUACUUAUUCUAUUGAGCUAUUACACCAGUUUUAACACCUUCCUCGUGUUAUGUUUAAAAAAAUAAAUAAAUUUA